AUGGAAACGGAAACCCCUGAAGAUGCGCUCUCCUACAUAACACCCAUUGGCUUCUCCUACUAUGCAUCCACGUCGUCCAUGACCCCUGCGUUCUAUCAAAGCUUGCUGGAUCGGCACUGGAGGCGAUCGGGAAGCCUGUUGUACCGUCCGAACCAACGCCAGUCCUGCUGCCCGCACUACACCAUCCGACUUGACUCGACCCUCUUCAAGCCAAGCCGGGAUCAGCGACAAGCCGUGAACCGGUUCAACAACCAUGUCCUUGGCGCCGAAUAUACCGCCGCCGCGGCUCGUCUUUACCCUCGGUCACGCGCGGAGUCGAAGAAGCGCGAAACCGAAUUCGACCUGGUGGAGAGGAUUCGCGAGUCGGAGCGAGAGCACUUGAAGGCGCCACCCGAGCCAGCACACCGCUUCACCGUGACCCUAGAAGAGGAUUCCUUCACCGAGGAGAAAUUUCAGGUGUACGAGAACUACCAACGGGUCGUCCACAAGGAAGGUCCGUCCGAAAUAACGAGGGUAGGAUUUAGACGAUUUCUUUGCGAUUCGCCCGUCCGGCGUCAAGUUCUCGCAACACCCGAAGGUGAAGAGCUUCGCUUAGGAUCGUACCACCAAUGCUACAGCCUGGACGGCAAGCUCGUCGCCAUUGGGGUCCUGGACCUCCUCCCGCACUGUGUGAGCUCCGUCUACUUUCUGUACCAUGAGUCGAUCCACAAAUUCAUGCCUGGAAAGCUGGGUGCGCUCAGGGAGAUAGCGUUGGCCAAGGACGCUGGAUACCGGUAUUGGUAUCCGGGCUUCUACAUACACAGCUGCCCCAAGAUGCGGUAUAAAAUCGAUUACAUGCCGCAAUACAUCUUGGACCCUGAGACUCUUCAGUGGGACCUCCUCGACAAACAUGUCCUCAAGUUGCUCGACGAGAACGCGUACGUGAGUCUUUCGGCCGAACGGCGCAAAAAGGAUAAGGGAGGAGACGACGGCACCAACGAGGACUCGGACGGAUCAGAGGAUACCGGUACCGCCGAAUCAGGGUCGGAAAGGGACGGCAGAGAGUCCAAACUACUGUUUGACACUGACAUGCCUGGAAUCGCUACUCUGGACGAGAUAGCUGCGUUGGACCUCGACCAGAUGGCCCUACGGGUUGACAAGUCCGGGCCGCUAUUUGUCACGUCUGACCUUGUGGUCUGGAAUACGCAGACCGUGUCCGCCGACGGCGGCAUCAAGUCAGGGAUUGCCGAGUUGAUCGCCGCUAUCGGGCCGGACCUUGUGGAUUCUUUGUGCUUGGACUUUAGCUGA